GUGAUCAAAGGCAAAUUAGCGGUUGCUAAAUAAAGCUAGAUUUUAUCAGACAUGAUUUAUAGUUUAACUGCCGUACCAGAUGUGGAUCGGAGCUCAUAUAAUGACAGUUGUCAGAAGCUCACCACAUCCACCACGUUUAGACCCCUGAGCGAACGUUUUCCGGAAUACAUUGGAAAAAUGGCAUUGUUUGCUUUUGUUUGGCCUAUCCUCUUGUGUGUAGCGAUAUUGUCAGAGGGAUGUUCGACAGAUGACAUGAACGUUUGUUGUUGUCAUCGAGGGAAUGGAAUGAGACGUAAAAGAGACGUACACACCAAACCUCUCGCUGACAAAAUUACCAGCAUGAGCGGGAUUGCUGACGAAUUGCCUCAGUAUCCAAAAGAGAGUUAAUGAUUUGUGACAUCACGUGUAACAUAUGAAAAUAACAAAAAGAAAUAAACAAUUUCAUGUCUGAUAA